CAGGUGCUCAGUGAACAUCUGUGUAAUGAACACACAAAUAAAUGAAUCAAUGAAUGGGAGUUGAAGGGAAGGAUCAUGGGUCCAGAGCUAGAGACCUAGCUUCAAAUCCUAGCCCUGCUGCUCAUGACUUAGAGCACUGACAAGGACUACCACCCUUUAUUAAGUAUCACCUGUGUGCUUCUCCGACCUUAGAAUUCCAAGGACUCUCAUGAAGGCAUUGUGAACCCCUUUUCUGGAUGAGGAAAUUGAGGCUCAGAGAAGACAAGUUAAUGGCCCCAACUUCUCCAGAAAUAUUUAGAACCCAAUUUCCAUCACUCCUACCAUGGCAUGUAUUUUUCCUCUGCCCAUGGUCCUGACACUGCUGUCCCCCACAGGUGGCCUGAGUGUGGGUGACUUCCGGAAGGUGCUGAUGAAGACGGGGCUAGUGUUGGUGGUGCUGGGUCACGUGAGCUUCAUCAUAGCAGCUCUACUCCAUGGCACUGUGCUGCGCUAUGUGACUGCCCCCCACGAUGCUGUGGCUCUGCAGUACUGCGUGGCCAACAUCCUCUCUGUCACUUCUGCCAUCGUGGUCAUCACAUCAGGCAUUGCAGCCAUCGUGUUGUCACGCUACCUCCCCAGCAUCCCCUUGCGCUGGGCAGUGUUUAGCUCAAGCAUGGCCUGUGCCCUUCUCUCUCUGACCUGUGCUCUCGGCCUCUUGGCCUCGAUAGCCGUGACCUUUGCCACCCAGGGCCGGGCACUGCUGGCUGCCUGCACUUUUGGGAGCCCUGAACUACUGGCGCUGGCACCCGACUGUCCCUUCGACCCCACACGCAUUUACAGCUCCAGCCUGUGCCUCUGGGGUAUCUCACUCGUGUUCUGUGUGGCAGAGAGCGUGUUUGCUGUGCGAGGGGCCCAGCUCGCCCACCAGCUGCUGGAACUGAGGCCCUGGUGGGGGAAAAGCAGCCACCACAUGCCUCUUGUGUCUCCACAGAUGCAGGAGAGCCCAGAGCCUGUGGAAGGCCAUGACCUGGUGAGCUGCCCCAGCUCUCUGCCGCUGACCCUCUGACAGCUGAUGCUGCACCCAGACCUCAUGGCCACUGUGGCCCUGCAACCAAGUCUGCACUGUGACCAGGCCAGGAUUCCUGGAGACUGCCCAUGAGGGCUCAGUUGUCCACUCUGGGACCUGGGUGAGGAUUUUAAACCCCUCUCCCGGCCACCCAGCCCACUGCACUGAAACGAGACUUUAUUCUGCAGUUAUUAAAAAGAACAGAGAUGCUCCACAGGGAUGCAUGCAGCGGGGGAGGGGCUCGGCCAGGGGGCCUGUGCUUUCCCACGCAGGAUGCAGUGGGGGAGGGGUGAUCUGGGCAUAUCUGCCCAUCUAUCUGUGUGCCUGUGUGUGUGUGUGUGUGUGUGUGUGUGUGUGUGUGUGUGUCUGAGGGAGGUAAAAUACACAGAGGGGUCUGUGGGUCUGAGUUCAUCCAAGUGCUGAAAGGCAGGCAGGAGUUCAUGGGACUCACAACUGGGUGCUGGAAUUGAGAGGUUUUCCUUCUGCGGCAGAGCUGGAGCAGGAAGGGUUGAGGCCCUCCUGCAGGGAACGAUUGAUGGCUCGAGGAAGCUUCUUCCUUAACCCCCGCCCCCAAUCCUUAUCUCCCCUCUAAAUAAAAAGACUGGCUCCACA